ACUAACGAAGAGGCGGCCCUGUGUGAAACUGAAUGUCUUGGAUGCGAUGAAAGCCUCGGGGGAGCAGCAACGCCUCGAUCAGCCGUAGUCUAGGCACAUGCUCCGUACACUAAGACUGUCUUGUCAGUUGGUGUUAGGUCUUCUUUUUUGCCUUUACCGUCUUUUCAUCGGCCUUCAAACGUCCGGAGGCCCCGUCAGAACCACUUUUCUUUCGCGCUGGCAGCCACGUUUGCUACGCCACGGUGGUAUGGUGAGGAAGACAGAGCAUGAUACCACCGCCGCCGCUUGUUUGUGGCCGAUGGAGCGCCGUAGAUGCACUACCAAAGAACAGCGAGGACGGAGACCGACCAAAUACGGAUCAGUGUACGGCAAAGCUAGGUCGUGUCUGAAUCCGGGAUACUGUCCGCUGCGAUACGGACUCUGUAUUGGAGCGGUGGGCAUGAUGAACAUCUCCUCGUUGCCUCGGAAGGCCCUGUAUCUGACAUUGGCCAAAAGGGCCCCUGAAGACUAGAGGAACAUAUAAUCCACAGUCCCGGGGCGUAUCAGGGUUUCGGAGAU